CACAUGACAGGUUUCCUCUCAAGAUGGCGGAUAAUCUCCCUUCGGAGUUUGAUGUGAUCGUAAUAGGGACGGGUUUGCCUGAAUCCAUCAUUGCGGCUGCAUGUUCAAGGAGUGGCCAGAGGGUUCUGCAUGUUGAUUCAAGAAACUACUAUGGAGGAAACUGGGCCAGUUUUAGCUUUUCAGGACUGUUGUCCUGGCUAAAGGAAUAUCAGGAAAACAAUGACAUUGUGAUUGAUAGUUCGCUGUGGCAAGAACAAAUCCUUGAAAAUGAAGAAGCCAUUGCCCUUAGCAGGAAGGACAAAACUAUUCAACACGUGGAAGUAUUUUGUUAUGCCAGUCAGGAUUUGCAUGAAUAUGUUGAAGAAGCUGGUGCACUGAAGAAAAAUCAUGCUUGUGUGACACUUGUGAACUCCUCAAAAGCUGCAGAUUCUGCCUGUCUGCCUACAGAAGAUGAGUCAUUAAGCACUGAGAGCUGUGAAGUGCCUGCAGAACAAACUCCAAGCAGUGAUCCAGAGAGUACCCUAGAAGUAAAUGAUGCUGAAGCGACAGGGGAAAAAGAAAACCAUAGUGAUGAUAAAACUUCAGAAGAAAAAACAAAUGAAAAUGUGCCUACAGCAGAGGACACUGCAGAGCAACCAAAGAAAAAUCGGAUUACUUACUCACAGAUUGUUAAAGAAGGCAGGAGAUUUAAUAUUGAUUUAGUGUCAAAGCUCCUGUAUUCUCGGGGAAUGCUAAUUGAUCUUCUAAUCAAAUCUAAUGUUAGUCGAUAUGCAGAAUUUAAAAAUAUCACCAGGAUUCUUGCUUUUCGAGAAGGAAGAAUGGAACAGGUCCCUUGUUCCAGAGCUGAUGUCUUUAAUAGCAAACAACUUACUAUGGUAGAAAAGCGAAUGCUGAUGAAAUUUCUUACCUUUUGUAUGGAAUAUGAGGAACAUCCUGAUGAAUAUAAAGCCUAUGAAGACAUUACAUUUUCUGAGUAUUUAAAAACUCAAAAAUUAACCCCAAACCUCCAGUAUUUUGUCCUGCAUUCAAUUGCAAUGACAUCAGAGACAACCAGCAGUACCAUUGAUGGUCUCAAAGCUACCAAAAACUUUCUUCACUGCCUUGGGCGGUAUGGCAACACUCCAUUUUUGUUUCCUUUAUAUGGCCAAGGAGAACUUCCUCAGUGUUUCUGCAGGAUGUGUGCUGUGUUUGGUGGAAUCUAUUGUCUUCGCCAUUCUGUACAGUGCCUUGUAGUGGACAAAGAAUCCAGAAAAUGUAAAGCAAUUAUAGAUCAGUUUGGUCAGAGAAUAAUCUCUAAGCAUUUCCUUGUGGAGGACAGUUACUUUUCUGAGAACACAUGCUCACGUGUGCAAUACAGGCAGAUCUCCAGGGCAGUUCUGAUUACAGACAGAUCUGUACUAAAAUCAGAUUCAGAUCAACAGAUUUCCAUUUUAAUAGUACCAGCAGAGGAGCCAGGAAGUUUUUCUGUUCGAGUCAUUGAGUUAUGUUCUUCAACGAUGACAUGCAUGAAAGGCACCUAUUUGGUUCAUUUGACUUGUACAUCUUCUAAAACAGCAAGAGAAGAUUUAGAAGCAGUUGUGGAGAAAUUGUUUACUCCAUAUACAGAAACAGGGAUAGAAAAUGAAGAAGUUGAAAAGCCAAGAAUUCUGUGGGCUCUCUAUUUCAAUAUGAGAGAUUCUUCCGACAUCAACAGGAACUGUUAUAAUGAUUUACCAUCCAAUGUUUAUGUCUGCUCUGGACCAGAUGGUGGUUUAGGAAAUGAUAAUGCAGUCAAACAGGCUGAAACAAUUUUCCAGAGUAUAUGCCCCAAUGAAGACUUCUGUCCACCCCCACCAAAUCCUGAAGAUAUUGUCCUUGAUGGAGACAGUUCACAACCAGAAUCUUCAGAAUCCAGUGCCAUUCUAGAAGCCAACUCAGAGAUUCCCGCAGAAACUACAAUCCUGGGAAACCCAGAGGAGACCUCUGAGUAAAGGCUAUAUACCAAACUCAAUACUCCACUUUGGAAAUUCCCAUGGGCUCCACAAUUUUCUUGACGUAAAAAAACUUUUAGAAGUCAGCAGCCAGUUGACAUGCAGAAUUAUAAGAAGCAACAGGUCAAAGAAAUCCAUAAGGGAAUUUUCCUUAAAAGAGGACAUUCCAGUAACACAAAGCACUUAUAAAGCACAUUGACUUACAUGCCUAUUUUAAAUACAAAAACCUAUGAAAUUAACCAGAUAAAAAUUAUAAAUGAACUGAUUCCUGGGAAUAUAACUAUGGAUUUAAAAGUAAUCCUAUGCAUUGUUAAUAAUUUUGUGGUGUUAGGACAACUUCUUUUUGCCACUUUGGAUCUUUUUUAAAAGCUACACCUUCAGAAUCAGCUCACAUAUCUCCUUUGAUUAUUUAUUAAAAUUACAGAUGUGAGCAUAUGACAAAACAUAAAAGCAUAUGUAAAUUCAGUGGAGAAAAACUGAAGCAUCAAGAUCCAGGCCAAAGUAUGUGUUUGGAAUAAAAGUUUGUUUUCUGUGUUGACAACAAUAUAAAAUGCCAAUAUUAAGAUAUUUAGGCACUUUUACAGACAAACCUUAAAUCCAUUACUCAGUAAUGUUUUAAAAUAUUAGUAAUAAUAUUUAUAUGUGAAUCUUCUACACACUGGAAAAAGCUCAAUCAUGAAGUAUUGAAAGAAUAAAAGAAAAGGUUUAGAUAGGAUCCCUGAUAUUUGGAAAUUCUAUGGCAUCAAGUAACUGGAACACUAUCCUAAUUGUCUACAGACCUAAUUUAGUCAGAGCUGUGCUACUGAUAGUAGGCAAAUUGUUUUAUCUUCUGAAACUAAAUCUCAAUAUGUAAAGAAGAAACAAUAAUCUGCCUAUUAUGUGACAGUGCUUAUGAAGAUGAAAGCAAUGCCAUCCUUAGACUGUUUUAUUCUGGAAAAUUUUGUUUCAGAAUUUUCUCAUUGACUUGGGACUGAAUAUCAAAAACCCUGUGCAGAAAAUAAUUGCUUGUCAUAAAAAUAGAUCAUGUUUUUGUAUUAAGCUUUUUAAAUGAAUAUUUGUGUCUGAACUUAGUAUUUAGUACUCUUUAUAGACCAGUAAACAUAGUAACACAUGGAUUUCUAAUUUUGAAAUAUAAGUAAGGCAAACACUCUGUAAAUUCUUCAUAUUCCUUUUCUGAUAGGUAGGCCUGAAACCAUAAAGGUCUCUGAAUAGAGUGUAACAUUUGGUAAACCCUAAUACACACUCCAAAUAAAUAUGAGAGUGUAUACAUAGGCAGCAAAUCUACAUACAGCAACAGUGCCUGCAUUUAAAUUUUCCUAAUGCCAAGCUCUGAUGGUUUACUUCUUUUGAGCAAUAGUUUUAACUUAGAACUGCUUGUAAAUAAAUAGACAGACUUGAAGCCUCUUGUCACAUAGUUUGGCUUUUAUUGCCUCUCAGGGAGCUAUGGCUCCAGUGGAAAGCACAUAGUUCUUACACACUUCAGCUGCAAAUGGUCCCUGACCUCCUCUUGUUCUGGAAAAGGUCUUGAAGCUAGUUGUGACAGUAAUAGAUUCGUGGGAAAUGGAAAGAACCAAGGAAUGUAGCUCUUGCUUCACCUUUCCAACCCCCACAUAUAGAGCUGAAUCCAGAGGAAAGGAAAACUUUCUAGCCUCUCAGGCUGUUCCUGUCCCCUCCUCUCAUUGUACAGCACCUCCCCUGUCUUAUUUGCCCUCUCUUUCUCUCUUUUCCCCUUUUAUAAUGUCACACACAAAUCAGGGACAGUAGAAUCACAUUAUAACAUAAUAUAUAAGGAUUCAGAUCUUUUUUGAACUCAAAUCAUGUUUUUGAAGCCUAAUUAGGACAAUGCACUGAAUGCUUAGUACAUACCCAUAAGUAUACCAGGAAUUGGUCCUGCCCUUCAAUACCAGCAAUAUAAAAGCUUCUACUAUAUGAGAGUAUUAAAUAUGAAUAUAAUUGCAGUAAGUUGUACCACUCAAGAUAUUACACUUUUUUUGUAAUCUUAGAGUUAAGGCUCUCCUGAAUGCAGAUGCACAUUUAUGUAAACAGACAAUCAGGGUAGGCCUAAUAUAACUAAAAAAAAAUAUUAGAUAGCCUUAAUGCAGCUGUCUAUAUAUAGAACAAGAAGCUAAUUUGUACUCUCAUGGCCCAGCCCACAUUGUACCAUAUUUCAUCUGUUCAACAAUAUCAGAGUCUCUCUUCCAUGCCAUUUACUAAAUAACAUAGAAAUGUUUAAAAGCUCCUGAGUAUGAUUUGUGAUGAAUACAAUACUACACAACUGCUAAGAACCUUAUUACAGAAUUCUAGCUAUUUCUGGUUGCCUCAGAAUGUAAUAGAUAUUAUUUAAGAGCUUUCUCUUCAGUUAUCUUAAUACUUAAAGUACUUGUUUCUGUAGAUAUUAAAUCGAAGUAAAAAAUUUUGAUUUUGUUGCAAAACUUUAAACAUGAAGGCAUAAGAAUAAAAUUUAUGUACAUAAUUAGAAAAAAUUCAGUAGCUAAUUAAAAAAUUUGAAAAAUUUUAUUAGACUUGAAUAUUUAAAUAUUUACUUGUGCAUGCUUAUUAACCAAAAAUGAUAUAUAUUCAGUUUAAUGAUUCAUAAGAGCAUUAAUAACUAAUGCUUCUGUAUUUUAUUUCUAGUUGGUGUGCCUGCCCAAGAAAACAUAAUUAUAAUGAAGGUCAAUUUAUAUAUUUUUCUAUAGUGAAAUGGCCAGUUAAUGGGUAACUUCUAGAAUAGUGGUAGUUUCUCAGAUUGGCAAUCAUUUGUCCAAAAUAAUAGCCUUGAUUAUUUAAUUUUAUUAUUGAUUAUAAUGAUUUAUUCUGUCAAGGCCAAACUUUCCUGGAUUGGCUGCCCCUGGUCUAAACUCCUGAAAAAUUCCAAAACAAUUGUUUAGAAUUGAUAAAUAGAAGUGAUCAUUAAAACUUAAAUUGUAAUUCUGCAAAUCAGUUGUUUACUGCUACCAGUAUUGAAUAAUUUGUCUUAUUCUCAGUAAAUUUUGUCAAAUUCCAAAAAGCAUGAAUCUAUAUAUAUGGUCAUUUAUAAUUUGUAUACUGUAACA